AUGGAUUGUGAAAUAAGCACAAUAAAAAGAAAGAGAGAUGAGCAAGAAAAAGAGAUAGGACUAGAUCUAGAUAUAUUAAAAAGAAGCAAUAAAGUAAAGAGUGCGCCGGCGGAAAAGAAGCAGGAAGAGGAGGUGAAGAGAGGAAACAUGAUGGAAGAUAGAAAAGAAGAAGGAGCGAUGGUCACUUUAUUGAGGGAGAUAAAAGAGGAAAUGAAAGCGAUGAGAGGGGAAAUCAAGAAGAUGAAGGAAGAGAUGAAUAAGAAAGAAGAGAGGUGGAGGAAAAGAAAGGAAAAAAUGGAAGAAAGAGUUGACACGAUAAAAAUAAGUCUGAAGAGGAUGGAACAGCGGAUAGAAGGGAAAGAAAUGAAGGAGAGUAAAGAAGUAAAAGACAGUAAGGAAGGAAAAAGAUUAGAUAGAGGAACAAGAAGCAAAAGCGAAAGAAGAGAUAAAGAAGGAAAUGAGAGAGAUGAAGAAAAUUAUAGAAGAGAGAGAAAGAAAAGAAAGAAGAAACAAUAUAGUAAUAAGAGGUCUAAAAAAAGAGAACAGGUGCAUGGAAAAAGUGGCAGAAGAAUUUUUAGAGCAAGAAUUCGGAGUAGGAGAGAAGAUAAAGAGAAGCUAUGUAGUAGGAAAGGGGGAAAGAGAGGCGGUGAUAGUGGAAAUGGACCAAUGGGAAACAAAGGAAAAGGUGAUAAAAGAGAAAAAGAAGCUAGGAAACAGAAAGAUAUUUAUUGA